AGAAUUAUGGAAGAUCUGAAUGAUAUAUAAGUUCCCAAGUCUGAAAACACAGUUAGAGGGAAGAGACCUUGUUAUAAAUUCAAAGCAUAAAGUGUUGAAAACCUUAAUUUUAUAGAGUGGAGCAUAUUAUCAGGGAGAAUGGGUUGGUUAGAAUAGAGAUGGAUAUGGAGUUCAAAUUUGGAGUGAUGGAGAAAAUUAUGAGGAGUGGAAGAACAAUAGAGCUAACAGAAGAGGGAAAUUCUGGCAUAUAGAUGGAGAUUAAUAUGAAGGGGAAUGAAAGACGAUAAAGCAUGCGGGAAGGGUGUCUAUAUUCAAAUAAAUGGAGCAAAAUAUGAAGGAGAUUGGAUGGAUGAUUUCUAACAUGGAUUGGAGUUGAAAGUUUGACUAAUCUUGCAAGAUUCUAAGGAAUGUAUUAACACGGUAAGAAAGGUUUUAGGAAGUAUUAUU